AUGGUGAUACGCCGACUUCGGCUGGACUGUUCUGAGGACGACGAAGACAACGCCGAAUUAGCGCCGUCGCCGUCGCCACCUCAUCUAGAAACAGAAGCUGAUUUACCUCCCCAGCAACAGACUGCCAAUGAUUUAUCUCGGAGCGGUAAUGCUGAGCCUUUUGAAAUUUCUGACGACGAUUUCAUCGACGUCUCUGAUAGUCCCUUGCCGACGUCUCCUCAUCAGCAUCAGAAUCCCGGGCCUCAGGAGAUUCCACCAUCUUCCCGUUCAAACUCCGGUGAGGAUUCUGGUUGUCCCAUUAGCGACUCUCUUCGACGCCUUGGGUUGAACCUGAAAAGAGAAUGGCUCGAUGCUUGUAUUCGUGAACUAGAGAGCUCUGUUCGGGGCUUUUCUGGGUUUGAUGUUACUGCAAAGGCGAAGUUGUGUUUUGAGCAAUUCCUAUUUUCUGAUAUGAACUACUGUGGGAGCGGCAUGCUUCCUGCAAAUGUGGAUUCCAUGCAUCUGGUUGAUCUCCCUGGUCCGUAUGUAUUACAGGUUGAUGAAAUAAUUAACAUUAGCUGUCCGCUUCGAGGAAGAUAUCAACAAGCACCCCCUGGACUUAAAAGGUGCUUGAAGUUAUCUAUGACUGAUGGUAUUCAGAGGGUUUUUGGAAUGGAAUACAGACCCAUUCAAGCUCUUGAAGUCUGUGCUCCUGCUGGUUUGAAGGUUGCCAUCUGUAAUGUACACGUACGCCAUGGACUUCUAAUGCUGGUCCCUGAAACCAUAGAAAUCUUGGGGGGAUUGGUCGAGCAGCUGGAUGCAGCACGAAAGCGUCUUGUUGAUGAAUUGAAUAAGCCUCCUAGGGGAAAAAGAACUAAGAAUGGAGUGCUUCCUCCCUUAGCAGCUAGAGCAACUCUUGCUGCAUGGCCUUCAAGGGGAGCUGAUGAUAUCACGCGCAUUAAUUCUACCAUGCACACUACUCCUUCUAUUCAGAUAAAUAAUCAGCAUGCUAGCCUGAGAGUGUCUAGUGCUGCCAACAGAUUAACAGCCGAAGAUACUCCAGCCAGUAGUGCUCAAAAUGCUGCUUCCAAUUUAAUACCUGACAUGGUUUCAACUGUGGAAGCCACGCAUGUGGACGACACAAGUGCAGAUUCUAUGGCUACUCAACUUUCUGCUACCAUUGCUAUGACAAAGGAAAUGAACAUAAAUACUGUUAAUAUAACUGGGGCAAAUGCUGCAGGCAACUUAUCUUCCCAUGCAGUUUCAAGUGCCGUGGAGGAACACAAUAAUGAUACCAUUCAUAUAAAACAACAGAAUUCUGUGGCUACUCUGUGCUCUCCUAUUGCCCAAAAUGCUAUGGAGGGAAAGACGGAUAGAAGUCCCAUAAUCAUAGAGAGAGCUCUUGACGGGUCCUCCUCCAGGGUUUCAAAUAUUAAUGAUGUUGAUAUGGUUGAGACAACUGAUCACCCGAUGAUGCUGUCUGGAGAUCAGGAAAUUCCUUUCACAUACUUAGCUAGUUUGUCAGCCAAGUGGGUGACGAUGAAGGAUAAAGCUCCUUCUAUUCAGGGAAAAAUUAAGUGCUUCUUGACUGGUGUGAAGGGAUUCCAAUAUAAGCGAAGGAAAACAUAUGAGCUUCAGGCAUACGUUGAUGAUGGUAGCCUUAUUUCUGAGAUCCUUAUAGAUCAUAAUAUUGUUCAGAAAGGGAUUGGCUAUUCUCCAGAGGAGGUCACUGUUGCCCUUUCUUCUGAAGACAAAAAAAUAGUCCAAGACAUGAAGGAGACUAUGCGUACAUUCCAAUAUUUUUUAGCAAACUUCGAGGGAAUAAUGCUUGUGGAGUUAAAUGCAAAGUCUUCUCUUCCAAUUGCCAUAGAGAUGAGCCAAGGCUGUCCACCAUGCGAUGCAUGGUUACUUUUAAGAAGGCUGAGGUUCCUAUUCCCUGCGCGAGCUCAAAGAAAUUGUUCCUCAGAUCCCAUUCAAUUAUCCCCUUGAUCAUAUCUUUAUGGUGAUGGCCUCAGAACUUGAUCUGGAAUAGUCGGUCUCAGAAAUUCAUCACUACCAGCACACAAUGUUCUUGCCUUGAUGUAAGAUGAAACUGUGUAGUGAUCACUAUGCUUUUACCAAAACUAACCUAUAAUUGUGAAGAGGACAUUAUUGUGUACAGAUGGUGACCAUCUAACGCUCUGUGGGUGAGGACCAGGGGUUAACCGUAUACUUUUUCAUCAUAAUCCUUUUUUUAUUUUUGGUUGUGCUUUGGUAGGACUACAAGAGGGAUUCAAUUCUGAAGCAUGCGAUGCCAAGUCUCGUCAAAUAGUUCAUGAACAUAUACAGCGUCGGUAAAUGUAAAUGAUUUAAUCAAUUUUUUUUUGAAGUGAAAAUGAUUUUAUCAAUUUAUUAUACUGUACAUACAUGUAUCAGUGAUUUUUAGCUUCGCAGCAUUUUAACUAAUUACAUAAGGUUUUUCAAUUCUUGCAGUCUCUCCUUGUUAAUGUCAUCACCCCAUUAAACUUGAA